AUGCCUGAUCCAGCGCCUAAAAUCGCACCCAAGAAGGGCUCCAAGAAGGCCGUCUCCAAGACGGCGGUGAAGGGCGGCAAGAAGCGCCGUAAGACCAGGAAGGAGAGCUACGCCAUCUACGUGUACAAGGUGCUGAAGCAGGUCCACCCCGACACCGGCAUCUCCUCCAAGGCGAUGGGAAUCAUGAACUCCUUCGUCAACGACAUCUUUGAGCGCAUUGCCGGUGAGGCCUCUCGCCUUGCUCACUACAACAAACGCUCCACCAUCACCUCCAGGGAGAUCCAGACCGCCGUCCGCCUGCUGCUCCCCGGUGAGCUGGCCAAGCACGCCGUGUCUGAGGGCACCAAGGCCGUGACCAAGUACACCAGCUCCAAGUAA